CUUCUCCAUGUCCUGUAUUACGGUUCUAUAUUGCUGGAUGUGAAACUGACAAUCUAGUCAUGGGUUGGGGGUUGAGAUCCUUCUUCUUGCUUCCACUUCUGAUCUGUUCAUUGGCCAGCGAGGAGGCUAAGCUUAUAGGAGACCUCUUCUCUAACUAUGAUAAACAAACCCGUCCAGUGAAGUCUAUCAAUGACAUUGUUCAAGUGAAUCUGAAACUCACGUUGACCAACUUAAUCUCCCUGAAAGAACGAGAAGAGACCCUGACGACCAACGUGUGGAUAUUAAUCACAUGGGACGAUUACCGGCUGACCUGGAAUUAAUCUGAUUAUGGCGGCGUUGGAAUUGUGCGCGUUCCAUAUUACAUGGUGUGGCUUCCCGAUAUAGUCCUGGAGAACAAUAUCGAUGGUCAGUUUGAUGUGGCGUACUAUGCCAAUGUGCUCGUGUACAGCACCGGAUAUAUGUAUUGGCUUCCACCAGCCAUCUUCAGGAGUACAUGCAGUGUUGACGUCACUUACUUCCCAUUUGAUUGGCAGAAUUGCUCACUGGUGUUCAGGUCUAAAACCUACAAUGCGAAUGAGGUUGACCUUCAGUUAGCCCUUGAUGAUGAAACACAGAACAUGAUAGAAUGGGUGGACAUUGACCCUGAGGCAUUUACAGAAAAUGGAGAGUGGGCAAUUAAGCACCGUCCUGCGAAGAAGGUUAUAAAUAAGGCGUACACUUCCGAGAACCUGGAGUAUCAGGAGAUUCGCUUCUUCUUGAUUAUUCAACGAAAACCUCUGUUCUACAUCAUCAAUGUUAUUGUUCCUUGUGUCCUCAUUUCAUCCCUAGCUGUACUGGUCUACUUUCUUCCAGCAAAAGCUGGAGGUCAGAAGUGCACAGUGUCCAUCUCGGUCCUCCUGGCCCAGACUGUGUUUCUGUUCCUAAUUGCUAAGAGUGUUCCGGAGACAUCGCUCAGUGUCCCGCUCAUCGGAAAAUACCUGAUCUUUGUAAUGCUCGUAUCGACGCUCAGCUGCGUCAUUGUCCUGAAUGUAUCACUACGGAUGCCAAGUACCCACAACCUGACUGCCAAAGUGAAACGCAUGCUUCUGGAGGUGCUUCCACGUUACUUACUCAUGGAGAUCGCGCCAUGUGAGGAGGCAGAGAAGACCCCGCAAGAGAGGAGGAGAAGCUCGCUGGGGAUCAUGUUAAAGGCUGAGGAGUAUAUACUAAAGAAGCCACGAAGCGAACUGAUGUUCGAGAGGCAGAGAGACAGGCACGGGAUGAGCAGGGGCCACAAAGGUAAUCUAUUCGAUGCCGAUGUGACUACUUUGUACAGAAGCUUGACCCAUUGUGCCCCAGAAAUCAAGAACUGUGUGGAUGCCUGUAACUUCAUCACAGCCAGCACAAAGGAGCAAAACGCAUCCGGAGCCGAAAUGGAGAACUGGGUGAUGAUUGGGAAGGUCUUAGACGUUCUGUGUUUCUGGGUGGUCCUCCCACUAUUUGUGAUGGGGACUCUCGCCAUCUUUCUUAUGGGACAUUUCAAUAGCGCACCAGAUCGUCCUUUUGCCGGUGACAACCGUCUCUAUGAACCAUAAACUGUGCCAAUGGGAAUCCGGAUCCUGGGUCUCUAGGUGGAGCGAGUGAACACCAGGACAUAUGUGAUAAUGUCAACCUCACCGGUGUCAUUAUUGACUUGCUAUCCGUGUGGGUGGCCACCAUAUUGUAUCGUACAUGGAGCCCAUAGGUCCCUACACCAGUCAAUUCAUCUUGAAUUUCUUGUCCUUGGCUUU